CACAAUUACAAAAGCUAAAAGGUUCUUUAAGAAUCAAAUUAAGUUUUACAAAGAGAAGAUUAGAAAAUGUCUAGCAACAGCCAGAGCAUGAGCUUCAACGCUGGCCAAGCUAAAGGCCAAACUCAGGAGAAGGCAAGCAACUUGAUGGACAAGGCCUCCAAUGCUGCCCAAUCUGCUAAGGAAUCUAUUCAAGAGGGAGGACAGCAGCUGAAGCAGAAAGCACAAGGUGCGACUGAGGCCAUUAAGGACAAGACUGGCAUCAACAAAUGAGAACCACGUUGAAACUAAAUAAUCUAUGUUUGAUGUUUCUUUCUAUCCGAAUAAUAAUUAGAUAGACAAAUCUAUCUAAAUCCAAGACUAUGGAUUUCGAUUUGAAGCCAUUUAGGCAACUAUUCUCUACGUUUUUUUUUUCUUUAUCUAGCCAAGGGUUUUUUAUGACUCUUGGCUCUUGAUAAUUUGUAGCCAUGCAGUUAUUUUUCUAUAUUAAAUAAAAUGAUAUG